UGAGAUAUUUCUUGAACUUUUCACUUUCACAUGUUAGUAUUUUUUUUUUCCUGUUAUCAAAUCUUGUUACUUUUGUCUCUCUUCUUGUUUCUCUUCUACCAACACAACACCCCCUUUUAACUGAAACUCACAUUCUUCUUACCCUUCAUUUUAGGCGGAUAAACCGGUGUUUCACAGAUCCAAGUGUACAAAAAUCUUGAGUGUUGGUUGAUUUCAGCAUUUACUCAACUGGGAAAUGGUAAUUUCUGGAGCCAAUUGAAUCUCAUUUCUUUAGUAUUUUGCUGUACAAUAUGGAUAAAUAAAGAAAAACAAAUGAGUUAAGAUGGAGAAUCAGGAGUUUCGGCGGUGGGAUGAAUUAAUUCCUGAUGCACUUGGGAUGAUAUUUAGGAACCUUUCACUUCAAGACGUAUUAACUAUAGUUCCAAGAGUUUGCAAGUCGUGGAGAAAAGCGGCAAUAGGUCCUUAUUGUUGGCAAGAGAUCGACAUUGAGGAAUGGAGCAAAAAUUGCUGCCCUGAUAACCUUGAUCGGAUGCUUCAAUUGCUUAUUACGAGAAGCUGUGGUUCUCUCCGUAAGCUUUGUGUUUCUGGUCUCUCCAGGGAACCAAGCUUCACAUUCAUUGCUAACAAUGCCAAAUCUUUGCAGAUGUUGCGGUUGCCAAAAAGUGAUAUAGGUGAUUCCGCUGUGGAACAGGUUGCCGGAAUGUUCUCGAACAUUACAUUUUUGGAUGUAAGCUACUGCAUAAAAAUAGGAGCAAGAGCGCUUGGAGCCAUAGGGAAGCACUGUAGAUGUCUCACUGGUUUGCGUAGAACAAUGCAUCCCCUUGAGGUUAUUGACAAGCUUUCGCAAGACGAUGAAGCACUUGCAAUAGCCCGUACGAUGCCGAAGCUCAAGCAGCUCGAGAUUGCUUAUAUGCUGGUUGGUACAACAAGCAUAACCGAGGUCCUUAAAAACUGUGGACAUCUUGAGCUACUGGAUGUAAGAGGUUGUUGGAAUGUGAACCUUGAUGAAAAUUUUGUAAAGAAAUUCCAUCAGCUAAAGGUGGUCGGUCCGCUUGUCGUAGAUUGCUAUGAUAGGAACGGUUGGGACAAUUGUUCUGAUUAUUCAAGUUCUUCUGGCUAUGUACCAUGGGAUUUUGUGGCUGGUGACAUGGACGAUGACGACUUCGAUGAGAUGUCUGAUGUGUAUUGGGAGGAAGAUGACCAAAGUAUUGAGGAUGUCGAAAUGUGGUUUUAUGAUGACUUAAAUGCUGUGGACUCUGGAUACGAUUGGCCGCAAUCUCCUUGAGUUCUUAUCACAGUGCUUCUAGUUCAACAAAGGUUUUAAAGAUGAUUGGAGUACGUUGCAAAGUCUUAUGAUCAUUUCCUUUACAUUUGGAAUUCCUUCUUGAUGAGCCAUUUGUAUUCUCGAGGGGAUCAACAUAUUUUGUCUAUUAAGGAAUGUACUUUGUAAUUGUUCAUCCAACAAGUAUGUUGUGUUCACUAGGUCUAUUACUUAUGUGUUAGGUGAUAUGAUUUGUUGUUAAGUCGCAAGUAGCCAUAAGUAAGAGAGAAAUAGUGUGUUCCAGCUUAGGUAACGAUUUCAGAUUUUAUUGUUGAUACAACAGUGUUAUGGUGUAUCCAAUUUAUAGUAAAUAUUCUUUUGGUUAAGAUUAUGGUCCAUUUGAUGUGA